AUGUCUUUAUUUCUUCUCUUUGUUUAUCUUGAACGUUUUUCCUCAGAAGCUUCACAAGAUUUUCCAGCUGCUGUGCCUGAGCAGCCACCCAGAGACCCUUUGCUGCAGUUAGUCUCCCUGCAGGAGGCGUCUGGCUGCUGGCUGCUUGAUCCAGCUCUGGCUGCUGCACUGGGAAAGACCGACGAGGAGGUGGAAAAGUCAAAGCCUGAAAAGGCCAGCAGUGAAGUGUGGGCCACCAUCCUGGCUCUGAUCUGGCUUCAUGGUUUCAAGAUGGAUGCAAAGGACGAGUGGGAGCUUCUGGCUGUGAAGGCUGCCUCAUGGCUCCAAGCUCACAAAGCAUUGUGUGUGUCAGAGUGUGUGGAUGCUGGAAAUGUCCUGCUGGGUUGCAGCGUGAAGAAAGAAGCUCUGGGACUCUGAGGGUUUUCUUAAAGUGACUUCACCUUCAGCACUGUUAAGCAGAAGGAUACUGACUUACACUAUACUGUGUUGCUGUCUUUAGUCUGACCCUUUAAUUGUUAUAAAAUCAUUAUUUUCCUUGAAUCCAAAUUGGUAUUUAACAUUGGAUUUAACACUGUAACACGUGUCUGCAGAAUUAUCUGAAUACUCCAAACACACUUUCUGACAUCUACUGUAGAAGCUCAGUCAGAAGGUGUUUUCAUUCUUUCUCUUCCACUAGAUGUGAUUGACUUGUUUCAUUCUCACUAACACAACCUCCUGUCAAAUGUUGCUGACUCAACACUAAUAAAACACAUGAUUUGGUAA